GGGUGACUGUAUGUUCCAUCUUCGUCAGCCCUCCUCCCCCUCACCUUUCCGACAACGGAUAAAGGGGGGAGGGAGGCUGUGCGGAGGUGAGAGACCUCUCUCUCUCUCUCUAGCUCUCUCUUUCCAUUCACUUUUCAUGUGAACAGCUCAGUAGGCUGUAACAGUAGAGACUGGCGGACACAUACCCCCCCGCUCCAACGUGCGGGGGUGGGAAUCAUGCUAGGAAACAAGUAAAAGUAAAAGAAAAAGUAGCAUGAAGUAAAAGACUGUGAACGUCGGUGCUUCUGGACCAUGUUCCUCAGUAACGAGGAUUCUGUCCCUCAGAUUUGGAUGUGACAUCUCUCUUCAUCCCAAAUCUCAGUGAGACGAUGUCUUCAGCUCAUCAAAACUGUCAACUUGAUCCACAAAAUGACUUUGAGAAGAAAACCUUUGACAGCUGCAACUUUGGUGAUAAUAAUACUGAAAGUCUUCAUCGGACAGAUCCUCGCAUGUCAUCCAGCAGAGUACCUAACAGCGGGAGGAUGCUGUCCUAGAUGUCUUGCUGGAAGUCGAGUUAAAACAGAUUGUACAGAGUUCAGAAGCACAUCCUGUCUGCCCUGCACUGAUGGAACCUACAUGAAUCAUCCCACUGGACUUAAACAGUGUUUAACCUGUGGAAACUGUGAUUCAGGUUCUGGUCUGCAGAUAAAGACAUCAUGUACAUCAACAUCAAAUACAGUUUGUCAACCACUGGAGGGAUUCUACUGUAUGGACUCCACAGAGGACGGCUGUGUGAGAGCACUGAAACACACAAGCUGUCAACCAGGACAAUACAUCAGACAAAAAGGAACAGCUCUCAGGGACACUGAGUGCACUGACUGCAGUGAUGGAACAUUUUCAGAUGGGACAUUUACAUCUUGUCAACCACACACACAAUGUGAAUCACUAAAGCUUCAGCUGAUCAAACCAGGAACUGAUUCAACUGAUGCUGAAUGUGGAGAAAAAAGUUCACAUGUGACAAUAAUUGUGAUCUGUGUGAUUUUGGUGCUUUUUCUAUUAAUUGGAACGCCUGUAUCAGUUUACCUCAUCAGAAAGAGGAAAUCAGAAAUAAAGCAAAUUGCAGUCAUUCCCAUAGAGAGUAUUUCACCAAAAAAGAAAAAACAAAUGGAGAAACGUCAGAGAUGCUAACCAGAUGCCAGACAGUAUCAGAGGAAAAUGAAAUUGCAGACAUUCCCAAACAGGAAGUUGGAGAGGAAACGUCAGAGAUGCUAAACAGUACCAGGAACAUGCAGAGUAAAUGUGAUCUAGAAUCCAGUUUACAAUCCAGGUUGGAUUCUAGCACAUUGUCUUUGCAGUGAUGA